UAAGAGGGGGCAAUUAAGGCCAUUGGAUAAGAACAUAUAUCUUCUUACUCUCAUCCUGGAGACCCCUUGGAUUUUCUAUCAAUUUGUAAUACGAUCGUUCAAUAUGCAGUUUUUUAGGUGUGCCAUAGGGAUCGACAGAAACGUUUUAAGAAAUACGCUAAGCUCUGUUAACUUACAUCUAAUCCGUAUUUCAUCGUUUUCUAAGACGACACAAGCUUUUUACGAUCGUGGACCAAGGAACAAGAUUAAAUCAACAACAAUGACAAAAUUAGAAUAUCCAGUUGCUCGUCGCGACGAAUCUAUUGUUGAAAAAUAUCACGGUGUUGAGAUAUGCGAUCCAUAUAGAUGGUUAGAAGAUCCAAAUUCAGAAGAAACAGAAUCUUUUAUCGAAGCGCAAAAUGCAUUGACCAAACCAUAUUUAGCUUCGUGUAAAUGGCGUCAGGAUAUUCACGAUAGAUUAAAACAAUUAUGGAAUUUUCCUAAAUAUAUGUGUCCUGCCAAACAUGGAAAUAAAUAUUAUUUUUAUAAGAAUACCGGUUUGCAAAAUCAAAGCGUAUUAUAUGUACAAGAUACCUUGGAUAGCGAACCUAGAAUAUUUCUCGAUCCAAAUACUCUUUCUGAGGAUGGCACUGUUGCAAUAUCAUCUAGCAAAUUUAGCGAAGAUGGUAGUAUUUUUGCAUAUGGAUUAUCCAGUAGCGGUUCAGAUUGGAAUACAAUACAUUUUAUCAAUGCAGAUACCGGUGAAAAAUAUCCUGAAGUAUUGGAAAGAGUAAAAUUUUCACCUUUGACUUGGACUCAUGAUAAUGUGGGUGUCUUUUAUGGACAAUAUCGUGAUCAAAAAGGAAAAGUUGAUGGAUUAGAAACACAAGAUGAUCAAAAUCAGAAAUUGUGCUAUCAUCGUGUAGGUACACCACAGUCAGAGGAUGUGGUUGUAGUAGAAUUCCCAGAAGAACCAUUGUGGAGGAUAGGAGCACAAGUUUCUGAUUGUGGAAAAUGGUUAAUUGUUACACCAGUAAAAGAUUGUCGUGAUAAUCUAGUGUACUUCACAGAAUUAAAACCUGACUCUAAAAUAGAUGGUUUGUUGCCGCUUACGCAAGUUGUUGAUAAACUCGAAGCCGAUUAUGAAUACGUGACGAAUGUUGGUACCAAAGCUAUAUUUCGUACAAACAAGAAUGCACCAAACUUCAAGUUAAUAGCAAUAGAUUUGGUAGAUUAUAAAGAAGAUAAAUGGACUGAAUUGUUACCUGAACAUCCUGAUAACGUUUUAGACUGGGCUACCGCAGUCGAUGGCGAUAAGUUUGUUGCCUGUUACAUACAAGAUGUUAAAAAUAUUUUGCAAUUGCAUAGUUUAACAACUGGAAAAAUCCUUAGAACAUUUCCAUUAGACGUUGGUACGAUCAUUGGUUUUUCUGGUAAUAAAAAAUAUUCCGAAAUAUUUUAUCAAUUCACAUCCUUUUUAACGCCUGGUGUCAUAUACACGACUGAUCUUAAAAAUGACGACGAACCAAAAGUAUAUCGCGAAAUCAAAGUGAAAAAUUUCGAUCCGUGUUUAUAUAAAACGUCACAGGUAUUUUAUACUAGUAAAGAUGGUACUCAAAUUCCCAUGUUUAUCGUUAUGAAAAGUGACGCAGUUUUGGACAAUUCUAUGCCAGCUUUACUUUAUGGAUAUGGUGGUUUCAAUGUUAGUGUCCAACCGGUAUUUAGCGUAACAAGGCUUGUCUUUGUCCAACAUUUAAAUGGUGUUCUUGCUAUUCCAAAUAUUCGCGGUGGAGGAGAAUAUGGAGAAAAAUGGCACAAUGGUGGUCGACUAUUUAAUAAGCAAAAUGUAUUCGAUGAUUUUCAAUGUGCAGCAGAGUAUCUUAUAGACAAUGGCUAUACUACAUCUAGUAAAUUAACUAUCCAAGGAGGAAGUAAUGGUGGAUUAUUGGUAGCUGCUUGUAUAAAUCAACGACCGAAUUUAUUUGGUGCUGCUAUCGCACAAGUCGGUGUGAUGGAUAUGUUACGCUUUCAUAAGUUUACGAUCGGUUCUGCUUGGGUCUCCGAUUAUGGAAGUUCAGAAGAUCCGAAGCAUUUUGAAAAUUUAAUUAAAUAUUCACCGUUACACAAUAUUAAGAUACCAGAAGAUGGUUCUCAAUAUCCAGCUACGUUGCUUUUAACAGCCGAUCACGAUGAUCGUGUUGUACCGUUACAUAGUCUUAAGCUGAUAGCCACGUUACAAUAUACGCUUGGAAAUCUACCAAAUCAAACAAAUCCAUUAGUUGCAAGAAUAGACACGAAGGCUGGCCAUGGCGGUGGGAAACCAACCACUAAAGUUAUCGAGGAGAACACAGACAUAUUAUCGUUCAUCGUCCAAGCUUUGAAUUUAACAUUCAAGCUAUAACGUAUGUAAAUGUUAUUAUAUACUACUGUUUGUACAUCUUCUAAAAUUAUUACGGGGUGUGGUUUCAGGUA